UAUAUUUACCAACCAGUAUCUCCCUAGCUGACAAGGAGAAGGGGUGGUAGUGUUACAUAGCCACACCAUAUAUGACACGGCUGCUAGACAGAUGUGAGACCUUUGUGUGAGGAAAAGAAGUGUGGAGCCUGAAAAGUGAAUACUGGAGUGAUUGUUUGGCUGGCCCAUGGAUUUCACGAGGCUCUUGUGUUGGACUGGGUUAUGAAAUUUGGGCGGAAAAAGGUUACAACAACGCCUUCCGCCCAGCAGGUGUGUCUGGCCUCCUGAAGUGACAGCACCACAUUCACACCCCGACCGCACCCUACAAGAUACAAAAACUGUGCUAAACAAAGGGCAAGAGCGGGUGUAUCAGUGUUAUCAUCUCCCUUUAGCAAGAAAACUCGACAAUAUGCAAGGCGUGUGGUGAAUCUGAGUGAGUUUCCACCGAGAACCAUGAGAUGAACGGAAAAAAUACCCCUGUACGCAGAGAGUGGAGAAAUCUUGUACUGGACCUGUGUACCUAACUCCCCUGCUUGUCACACCCGGGUUCUUUUGGUACUGUGGCGGCGACUGCGGUGGCGGUAGAGGAAAGAACCGCCUCUAAUUGGAGUCAGAAAUCUUUCCCCACCCUCAGCCAAGACGCCUCUUCCCAUGACCAAGCUUCCCCAGGCCCCGAAAAUGGGCGUGGGGGUGCAUGAAGUGGUGGAGAUGUAUGCCACCAGUCUGUGUGACACGGAACCAAUCAUUAAGAAGAACGGAAACGUGCUGUCACUUGCCAGUAUUGCCAACCCUUCCUGAACGCAAACCUUCCACUUCCCGUAGCCUUCACUCUAAGGAACCAGUGGUGUCUUCCAGCACAGGCCAGCAGGAAUUCAAGAGGAGACUGUCAGAGAUUACUCAAGACGCCUCCCCACGGCCCCUCAGUCCUACCUUAGAAGACCCUCCCUCCUCACCCUCCCCAGAUCUCAGUACCAGCAGGAAAGAGAUCAGCAAGAGGGCGCGUGUGGAGAGAUCACCUUCACCAGAGAGUGACAGUGACAGUAAAAGCAAAGAGUCCUACACUUCCAGAAGAAAGAGAUUCCUGAGGACAGCAGAGGCUCUGCGGCAGUCUGGGCUCCUGGACAUCACCAUGAAGACUGCAGACCUCCUCAGGAAGAACCAGCAACUACAGCGGGAGAUUGAGGACCUGCAGAAGCAAACUAAGAAAUUUGUUCUGUCUGUUCUCUCCAAUCCCGAGAACAGUCACAUUCUUGAGAAUAUCCGGUCUGGAGCACAAUUAUAUGAGGUUGUGGUGCCGGGGUCACAAGGUAUCAUGUCUGUUUCAACACAACAAACAGACGUGAACAUGAACUUGGAGACCAGCCAGACAGAGGUUGAAGAUGAAGAAGAUUCCCUAACCUCAACAGUACCUCAUAUUAAUCCCUUCUUAGCCACAGCAGAGGCAGACAGUGGUCUCAGUAACCCCUCCCCACAAAGUAACUUUUCCAACUCCCCAGCCUCCUCUGUCAGUAGCUUCUCCAAUGACACCUCUUCGCUCUCUGAGGAUGAUAGUUCAUCUGAAGAAGAGAACUUAUCCUCUCCGAGGCUCAUCUUAGCUAAGAGUGACAGGAAGCGUUGCUAGUUCUUUAUCUAUUUUUAUUAUUUUGGUAAGAGUGUGGAAGGUAUUUUAUUUUAUUUUACUUUGUUUUCUUAAGAAUACUCAUUAUUAUUUGAUGACAAUGGCUUUUGUUUAGUGUAAGACAGGAGUUAGAGAGUGAGACAAGUGCUGUGUUCCUGUCAUUGGCACCUCAGUGUCAUUGAAUUUUAUUGUAGUUGCCAUGUGAUGACAAAUGAAAAUUGCAGUCAUAUCUGGAAUUCAAGAAGUAGCAAGAUGUAGAUUUUCUUGUAGUAUUUCAAAAUCGACAUUACAAGCAUUGCGAAAUCUGCGUCAUAUACAAAUCUUCAACAAACACUGUACAUAGAUAUCUACAUAAAUUCCUUAGGCACAAAUUUAUUGCGUUUGGUGUUGGAUCAGUGUUGCUCAGAAUCCCAAAUGCUCUUAGACUCAAAGACACAGAACAGAAAAAGCAAGAGUGAAAUCUUAAACAGUGAAGCUGGAUGUGUCUCUCGGUGACAUUUCGGACUCUUUGCAUCACUUGAAUCCACACACAUAGGAAAGCUGUUCACAUCAAUGGCUAUAUUACUAAGUCUGCCACUGUGAAAAGAAGGGACAUUGAGAUUGUUUUUACCAUUACGAAUUGUGAUACGUGUUUAUUUUUAUACUAUUUUAAAUUAUUUACUGGAUGCAAGGAACGAUGAGCAAUAUAAACCCUCCAUAGUUAAGUGGUGGCUGGAUACAGUGUGUCUUAGUCAUGCCCACCACCACAGAGGAGGAAUUUAUGAGGUGGGAUGGCUGGUGAGACAUGGGUGGCCACUCCUUGGUACAGUUGUGGUAAGAAGCAAUGUAACUCCACUCCAUUUCUCUCUAUUUGGAGUUCUUCUCAGUCUUUGUCCUUUGAUCUGCUUAGAAUCAUUCAGAUGUGAGGUUUUUAAAGGGGACUGUCAGCAGAUUAGAGGAUGUAAGAUUAAUGGGAAAUACAACCCACAUAGAAAGUGAGUGCUGAAAGUUACUUGAUGUCUGAUGACACUUGUACCAUAAUUCCUGGCACAAACCCCCUGUGAGUGCUGAGCUGUGCUGUAAUUGCCCAGUUCUUAGCUUCAUUUCAUUCCAGUUGCAAAUCGAGGUUAAGGCAGCCAACCUUCUCUCAGACCCUUGGCACCUCUUGUCUGUCUUUCUAGAAAAGUAAACUUUAUUUAUUUUGUUCAAGCACUUGCUUUAAGCUGAACAUGAACUACUUAGGAAAUAAUUAAGUCCUUGUGUAAGUUGAAGUGUAGAAAAUUUUAUCUAAUACCAUUUGUUCUUGAAAAUAUAUCUGACAUUGGCCGUAAAUUUAAAAGUUUUCUUGAGUUUAAUGGUUUCAACCAAAAAGGACAAGUUUUAAAUAAGACAGACAGGUAUGAGUUGGAUGUUGAGAUACCUUUUGUAUUUUAAUGUGAUAAUCUGUAAACAUACUGAUGAUGUUAAAUUUUAAAAGAGGUACAAUUCUUCUGUGAUACCAGUAACCUAUCUUAACCCAAAGAUUUGAUGCUCGAAAUUUAAAUAUUUAUAAAUCUCCAAGGGAAGGUCUGCAGGGCUUGUCCUGUCUCUGGUGUUCUGAUCUGCAGCUUGAGGAUGACAAAUGAGAUUCUAGAAUUAGUUUUUUUAUGUGUGAUUCUCACUUAUAGUUGACAGUAGCUUUAUUAGGCAUCUACUAUUUAGUUGAGUGGGGCUGCAACACAGACCCUGGUAGGGGAAUGUAGCUUUCCUUGCUGUCUAUGCCAUCACCAAGCAGUCUUGAGUAUUGGUUCUCAGUGGAUGUUAGCUUGCCCUAAUGGAGUAAUUGCCAUUUCAGUGAUAAUGGGACUCCUUAUGCAACUGUAAAAGACUGUUGUCCACACUAUUCCUCCCUAUGGUGCACCAUGGGCAAUGAACACUGGAAUCAGGAGAUAGCCAGCACUGAGAACCUUAGUCUUGAGUCCCUGCUUUUCUGUCUUGUCACAGCUGCAGCUGCUCUCAACUUGUUGUAAAUAUGGUGAACUCUUAUUGUGCGCUGGUGAAGCGUUGCCUGACCAAAUCUCACAUUUUACAGAUGAAAAGGAGUUGUAUUCUUUUUAUUUCUCUCUAAGUUAGUUGCUCAUGUGGCUUUGAUAUGAAUAUGCUGGACAUGUCAUAGCAGCACUUGUUAUCGUAUUUUUUUCUUUUUUGAGUAUGUGUAUGCACGUAUGUAUAUGUGUGCAUGUGUGCGUGUGUGUGCUCGCAUGUUUGUGUAAGUCCUUUUUUACAUAUCUUUAUCACAUUAUUGUACUACACAAGAUUUCAGUCACUUUUACAUACAUAAAAAUAUGCCGUUUCUUCCUUGAAUCAGCCUCUCAAGUUUAUGCAUACAGGCAAAAGUUGUUAUUUCAUAUAUAGUAAGCACACAAGGGUUUCAAGAAUGUUUCAUUGUUUGGUUCAGUACAACUGUUGUUGUUGCCUUUUCUCAUACCAUAAACAUUUAUGAAUUGUGUUAGACAUGAACUGCAUCAACAAGCUUUCACUUAUGCUUCAUUAAAACUAGCAUCUGAAAUUGGAUCACUAAUUACCAGUAACCCAUUAAAUUUGACCACAUUGUCAUUUUCAUGGUCUGUCUGUUUAACAAUCAGGACUGAUGCCUCCACAAUGGACACCUUAGUUACAUAAUUAGAAUUAUAGCAAGCAGUUUCUUUGACAUCUACAUUAAACUUACUUUCCUUUUAUUCUGAUUCUCUCUCUCUCUCUCUCUCUCUCUCUCUCUCUCUCUCUCUCUCUCUCUCUCUCUCUCUCUCUCUCUCUCUCUCUCUCUCUCUCUCUCUCUCUCUCUCUCUCUCUCUCUCUCUCUCUCUCUCCAAACUCUUGAAAGUGUGCUUUUCUUCAUGACAAAAUAUUGUUGCAUCCUUUCCAAAUCUUGGUGCAAAUCAUAUUCAGUGAAAUCGCAUACCCAACUCCUAGGUUGUCUCGUACAUAUUGUCCCUUAAAUUUACUCAUGAUUUUAAAGUUUAGUUGAUGAAUUGCGUUAUAUAUAUAAGUCAUUUUGCUGUAUUAGCAUAAUGAGGAGCCAAAGUGAUGGUCUCACUGCUUUCUAGCAAAGAAAUUGGUUGUACUUUUUUGUCUUCUUGAAUGACAUUAGAUUGUGAUAGAUUUGGUAAGAGUACCAUUCAUGUCUCUUGCUCUUUCAUAAAAUAACACCAAGUCUAUCUGUUUAACUUUGCUUAAGAGAAGUGCCCAAGAUGAAGCAUCAUGGUUUGUCUCACGUUAGAAGUAAAAACACAAAGAAGAGUCAUAAUUUCACUUAGUCUGUCUCUGUCAGUCAUCUCUGGUGACAUGAGGAGUACUACAAUGGCAUCACUUGUAGUACCAAUCUAAAGUAUAACACAGCAAGGCCAAAAUUUGUAUGGAAACAGUUUGAGCAUCAAGCAUGAGCUCCCUGUUCACCCUUUGACCCCUUUGCUGUCAUCACCCUGUAUGAAUUCUGGUGUGUGGGCUUGAGGUGUGUUCAUGUCAAACACACUCGGUGCAGACGGUCUUUUGGUGCUAAAUGCGUGCUAGUGUCGGGUGCAAUGCCUGAACUCUUAUUUAAUACCUCCACAAAUUUGGAGCAUUUCCUCAAGAAUUUUAUAUUUUUUAUAUGGUUCUCAUGGUUCUCAUGAUGUGACUUGCCUCCUAAAACCCUUUGAGAAAUGUCACCCUACUUGUAAUGCAACGUGUGUUCCUUGUAAUUAUUUGGUAUAAUCUGCUUCAAAAUAUGUCCUUGUUAUAUAGUGAACGUAUUUAUAAUCCCAUAUUUUCACAAUAGGAAAUACCAGCAACUAGCUAGUUAGGUUGUUGGCUAGGAAAGGCAAUGAAUUUCUUCCCAUAUUAAUUACUUCUGAAGAUGCAUGUUGAAAUGUAUAAUAAUUUCUGAUGUAACAGUGACUUAGUUACUUGUAACAUGAAUGUCUUGGUGACUGCUUCAUUCUGGUCUUCACAGAGUGCUUCUCCUUAUUCUUUCUGCAACUAUAAAAGACUCUUUAAACACUGUGUUAACCUGUACUCAGAUAUAGCAUAGAUGUGUGUGUGUGUGUGUGUGUGUGUGUGUGUGUGUGUGUGUGUGUGUGUGUGUGUGUGUGUGUGUGUGUUUACGGAAAGAUUACAUGCUGCAUUCCUCAAAGUAAUUUUUCUGCUCUCUUGUUGGUCAGUGGAAUCUUUCUUGGAUCUUGACUCUUUUCCUAACACUAGUCUGCAGAAUGGAGAGAGAGAGAGAGAGAGAGAGAGAGAGAGUAUCAAUACAGAACUCCAGAAUGAGCUAUGUUACCAAGUACUUCAUUAUCUGAGUAACUGAAUGCUAGGUAAUCUAUUAUUUCAUUACCGCUUGCUCUUCUCCAGUGAACUGAAUGGAAAGAAUCAAUCAAACAUACACACUGUUGGAACUGCUCCUGUUUUCCUUACAUGAAAGUGUUGGCAUUGAAUGAUUGAUGAAAGCAGCAAUAAUGUGGAUUGCUUUGUCAAAAGGUAUAUAUACUACAAAUUUUUUUGUUUUCAGGAAUAUAUUAUUAUUAUUAUUAUUAUUAUUAUUAUUAUUAUUAUUAUUAUUAUUAUUAUUAUUAUUAUUAUUAUUAUUAUUAUUAUUGCUACUACAUACAUAUUACUACUAUUGUAAUACAUAUACAUACAGUAUUUGCCAUAUUAUUGAAGUUCUCUGAAUAUUUUCCAGCUCUGCAAUAAUCCAUCUCUGUUAUCUUUUACAAUUUGCUGGUAAUGAAGAGAUUUAUCUUUGUGUGUGUGUGUGUGUGAGAGAGAGAGAGAGAGAGAGAGAGAGAGAGAGAGAGAGAGAGAGAUAACUGAAAUGGAUCAUUGCUUAGAGCUGAGUAACAUUGCCCGAGAACUUCAUGUACUAUGUACAUUUACAAAAAUUUUUUUCAUUAUUUCUAUCAUGUCUUUUCUUUUAUGUGUAAUAUUCCAUGUUUAUAAGGAAGAGGAGCUGAAUAGAAAUUAUCAUUAUUGCUAUUAUUACCGUUACUAUUUCAUCAUUAUCAUGUAUUUGCUCUAAUCAUAAAUCUGACUAAAAAGAAAUGGGAGAAUACAGAGGUACAGUAACCACAGCAAAUGUACACAUACAGUACAAUGAAUCUGGCUUGAAACUGUACAAGGAAGUGUAGGUGGAAGUGACGUGUUGUAUUUUCCAGUAAAUGUAAGAGAAAGGGUCCUUAAUUUAUUGUGUGAGGCGUCAUCACUGCAUUAGUGAGCGGUGUAAGUGGUACACACCUUGGUUAUCGGUACAAAUAGUGUGUUGUAAUUAUUGUCAGAUAUUCUAGCUGUCCAUCUUUUCCUUUUUGUAGAAUAAACUGACCUGAUUAUU